AUGCCUCCCAAGAAUGCCAGAGUUGCAAGGCCAGCUGCGGCCAACCUGAGAGCGACGCGACGGGUCACCAGGUCCGCGUCUCAAGCCUCCAGCGAGGCAGAAAGCCGAAGAGGGGGCGCACCUGAGAAUGAGAACCCAGUGGAAAUGCCGAACGUGGCGAAUGCAGCGCUCCUGGCAGAACUGCAAAGAUACCGCGACGCCUAUGGGGGUCAUCUGCCCAAUGGUGAAGCCGCCGCAGAUGCGGGGGACAACCCCAUACCACCCGGGGCGGCCCAGAAUCCGCCACCGCCGCCUCCACCCCCGGCAGCGCCUGCGGUGGUGCACGCCCCCGGACCCAACUACUGGGACAUGCUGAGACACAUGAAGAGUAUGCAGACGGAGUUUUUCAAUGGAAAGGCCGACGCGAUUGUCGCGGAUAAUUGGAGACGUCAACUCGAGAGGAACUUCGCUUCUGCAAGGUGCCCACCGGAGUUCCGUAGGGACCUGGCUGCUCACUACCUUAAAGACGACGCACUAGUGUGGUGGGACGAAGUGGUCGAAAGGUCACACGGGAUACGACUGACCUGGGAUGAUUUCCUGGAGGCAUUCAAUGGGAAGUACUUUCCCUUAGAAGCCAUGGACGCGAUGGAAAGCAAGUUUCAGGACAUCCGUCAAGGGUCGAGGAAUGUACGAGACUACGGGGACGAGUUCAACCGACUUCGGAGAUUUGCGGGUCACUACCUGAGUGAUCACGACUUAAUCCGCCGUUUCCUCAAAGGUAUGAGAGUGGAACUGAGGAAUAGCUGCAACGUGAGGGACUAUCGUGAUGUCCAUGAGCUGAUUGAGAAAGCCGCAGAACAAGAAUCAGGGCUCGAGGAAGAGCGAAAACAGAACCAGAACUCCCAGAACCGGGGUACCAAACGGCCCCGGGAUGCACAACCCGCGGCUGAGCCUGCUCCGUUAAGGCCCGCAUGUGAGAGGUGUGGACGAUUCCAUGCAGGGGAGUGCAGGAUGGGAGCAUGCUUCACCUGCGGCGAGCGCGGACAUAUAGCGAGGGAUUGCCCGAAGGAGAGACAAGGCCAACGCAGGCGCUGUUACCGCUGCGGCCAGGAGGGACAUCUGGCGUGGGAGUGCCCAACACUCCAAAGAGGAAACGCGGAAGGGGCACAACCCCAACAGCAGAGGGGGCAAGCCGCAGGGGCAAGAGCGUACGCCGUCGAGGGUCGCGAAGGAGCCGAACCGAUCGCGGGGUCUGUCGCGGUCGGAGGAGUGACAGCGUUCACUCUCUUCGACACCGGGGCAACUCACAGUUUUGUAAGCCCUAGACUUACGCGUGAGUGGGACUUUAAGGGGAACUUCAACACCAUGGUGACGGGAGUCGAGACGGCAGGAACAGAGAAAAUGGCCACGAGGGGUAGAUAUGAAGAAGUACCGGUGAUCCUCGCAGGUGUGAACUUACCCGGAGACCUGCUGGAGUUAGAACUGGGGCGUUACGAGGUGAUCUUGGGAAUGGAUUGGCUAGCACAACACAGAGCCGUGGUUGAGUGUGCCAAGGCAUGCGUUAGGAUCCCGCUUGAUGGGAGGCAAAUCGUGUACAGAGGAAUGAGAACUAGGACCGGAAUAACUGUGGUGUCGAUGGCCCAUGCUGAAGAAGCAAUCCGGAAAGGAGGAGAAGCCUUUUUAGCCACUAUUGAAAUGGUGGGUGAGACCGAAGCGCCAGAUCUGGAGAGUAUCCCUGUAGCAGCAGAGUAUGCCGAUGUGUUCAAACCACUACGCGGACCCCCACCUCAACGAAAUAACGCUUUUACGAUUGAGCUAGAACCCGGAACCGCACCGGUUUCCAGGGCCCCCUACCGUUUGGCGCCUGCAGAGAUGGCUGAACUGAAGAAACAACUGGAAGAACUAGUGGAAAAGGGAUUCAUACGUCCGAGUAGCUCGCCUUGGGGGGCGCCGGUACUCUUUGUAAAGAAGAAGGAUGGGAGCCUCCGACUGUGCAUCGACUACCGGGGAUUGAACAAAGUUACCGUUAAAAAUAAGUAUCCCCUACCCCGUAUAGACGAACUUAUGGACCAGCUGGAGGGAGCCACUUGGUUCUCGAAGAUAGACCUCGCUUCAGGUUAUCACCAAAUCCCUAUUCACGAAGAAGAUAUUAGGAAGACAGCUUUUCGUACCCGGUACGGACACUACGAAUUCGUAGUAAUGCCCUUUGGACUGACGAACGCGCCGGCAGCUUUCAUGGGGCUAAUGAAUGAUAUUUUCAGAGAUUAUCUGGACCAGUGUGUGAUUGUCUUCAUCGACGAUAUCUUAAUUUACUCCAAGAGCCGGGAGGACCACAGACGCCAUUUGGGUAUCGUACUGGACAAGUUAAGGGAGCAUGGGUUAUAUGCUAAGCUUAGCAAGUGUAGUUUCUGGCAACGUAAGAUUGGGUUUCUGGGUCAUGUGAUCUCCGAAGCAGGGAUAGCGGUGGACCCCGAGAAGAUCACCGCGAUCACGAAAUGGCCAACACCAAGUAACGCAACAGAAGUACGAAGUUUCCUCGGGUUGGCGGGAUACUACCGCAAGUAUGUUUUAGGGUUCGCCACAAUAGCCAGGCCACUCACCCGCCUUACAGGCAAGGAGGUUAGGUUCGAAUGGACAGAGGCGUGCGAAGAGGGCGCCGGGUUAGAGGUUGUGGAACAAGCCGACCUGCUGAGUCGAAUCAGUAAGGCCCAGGAAACGGACUCCACACUCCAAAAGAUGGUCGACAAGGAGGUGAGCGGGUACCGUACGGCUGGGAAUGGUACCAUCCUGUUUAAAGGCCGAGUGUGCGUACCACAGGGAGGGAACUUGAGGGACGAACUACUGGCACAAGCUCAUUAA